GUAAGGACUGUGUUUGCUAGUGGUUGGUUUGCCAUGUUAAUCUCAAAGAACACGCCAUUUUCGAUAGAAAUGUUCACAAACCGUUGUUCCGAUGGCAAGAAGUAAUUAACUUUGAGAAUUAUGAAGCUUCAUUACAAACUGAUGACUGUUUUGCCAUUAAAGUAAGUCAUUUUUAAGUUAGAGUUUAAUUGUUAUGGAAAUGACCUGCACUUAUCGUGUAAUUUAUGGGAACCCCCACUUCUGCAGACAGUUUCAAAAGUAAUUUUGUACAGCAACACCAUUGUGUUCUAUUCUAUUGACACAGUUUAUGAACCAACCACAGAGCGAGAACAUCAUCGUGACGUCUGCAAACAAGACCUUGCGUGAUAAUUGAAGAAGAGAAAGCUGCGCAAGAUGAUAGAAGAUUCAGAGUACAUCAAGCUAGAGGGAAUCGAUGACAAAGAAAUGUCACUCCGCUUAAGCCUUCUCGAUACCAGGAAUUCUCGACGAAUAUCUCACAAUUCCAUGGCGGAAAGCUCUCUUCAAAAAAGCAUCAAUGAAACGGUGGAGCAAAAUCCGUGCAAACGGAUUGGGUUGCAUCAGGCAUGUCGCGAUGGCUUGCCAUGUGUUGCAGAGCGGUUGAUUCGAGUAAGCGCUUCAGAAUGUAACGCAUACGACGGAGAUGGACUUACCCCACUUCACCAUGCGGCGAGAGGAAACCAUGUACAAAUCAUUCAACUGCUGCUUAACGCUGGGGCCGAUAUCAAUUUUCCUGCUGCUUUGAACGCUGGCUGUGCCUAUAUGACACCGUUGAUAUGCGCCAGUAAGUUUGGUUCGCUCGAUGCGUGCCGGCUGCUCAUUCAAAAUGGCGCUCACAUUACCAAGAAAUCCUGCAAUGGUCAAUCACCGCUGCAUUAUGCAGCACGUAAAGGACAUACAAAGGUCUUGGAGCUUCUGCUAAAAGAAGGAGGAAUUCCCAUAAACCUUGAAGACAACGACAAAGCCACUUCAUUACACGCUGCAGCUCUGGCGGGACAGACAGAAGCUAUUAGGAAGUUGGUGUUGUAUGGAGCAGACAUGGCUCUCCGAGAUAACGACGGUUACACGCCACUGCACUUGGCAGCAAGAGAAGGUCACGUGGACGCGUUCAAAGAAAUGCUGCGCAGAGCCAAAAGUGAAGGCUUAUCAACGCGCACGUUGUUAAAUAGUCCUGAUAAUUAUGGAAAUGUUUGCUUACAUCUGGCCAUUAAACAUGGACACAAAGAGAUUGUUGAGCUGUGCCUGGAGUCUGGAGCUGACAUAGGCACUGUACAGGAGGACUUUUCCACGCCAAUUCACCUAGCUUGUAGUCAAGGCAACUUGCAAAUAGCAAAGCUGUUGGUGCAACACGGUGCGAAGAUCGAGAGUGAAGAUGGUAACGGAAUGACGCCGUUAUUAAGAGCCUCACUUGAAGGACAUGUGCCUAUCAUUGACUAUCUCCUGGAGCAGGGAGCGAUGCUCCAUCCAACUACAGACACUUGCACCCCCUGCCCACUCAUGUGCGCUGUCAAGAGGAGCCAGCACUACGCUGUCAAAUAUUACCUUGCACGCGGUUUUCCAUUAAAGUUCAAGGAUAUGAACUGGAGAACAGUACUUCAUGUAGCCGUCGCGUGCGCUGACAUCCAGACUGUAGACUUGAUCUUGGAGAAUGGCGGUCAUAGCCUCUUAGAGAGCAAAGAUCAAUAUGGCAAAACAGCAACACAUUACGCCGCAACUACACAAAACGUGGAUAUUAUAGACCGUCUAAUCCUUGUUGGAGCUAAUGUCAGGGCGAAAGACAACGAGGAGAGGAUCCCGCUUCACUUGGCCGCAGAAGGUGGCUUCGUCGAUGUGGUGAGAUCGCUUCUCAGCGCAUGCCCAGAAUCUGUUAAUGACAUUGAUUAUGGAUCUCGCACCCCUCUGCAUUGCGCAGCCUCAAACGGAUGGGUAGAAGUGGCAACACAUUUAUUGCAGCAUGGCGCUGAAGUUGACUACAGAGAUGACGAUCGCCUUACACCGUUAUUCCACGCAGCAAUUCGUGGUUGCCCUUUGACAAUAGACACUCUGCUUCAUUACGGAGCGGAUAUCAAUAGUCUUGACAAAAAUCGAAAACCUGCUGCGGUUAAGGCGGCUUAUUUUGGAAACACAUGCGCUCUUCGAAAGCUGAUUUCAUGUGGAGCAGAUCUAACGAUAGUCUCAACAAGUGGAUACAACUGCUUGGAUGCAGCAAUAAAAGCUGGGCAUUUGGAGAAUUGUUUGGAGAUUAUCAAACACGAAAGAUGGCGAGAACUUUUGAUCAAUAAUAAAUGUGAGGGUGUUACCCCCAUGCGAAGACUCAUUGAACGUUUUCCAAAAGUUGCCAAGCUUGUCUUGGACAAAUGCAUUGAGCCAUCAUCCCACCUCGACACAGAUCCUAAUUAUUCAAUCACGUACGAUUUUAGUUUCCUUUAUGCUAAACCCGGGGAGGAUAUAGAUGACAACCAACAAAGAUACUGUGGAUUAAAGUGUAUGCUGGAUUGCGGCCGUGAAGAACUCCUGUUUCAUCCUCUGACCCGAGAGCUGGUGCGAAUGAAGUGGUCUGUACAGAGAUGUGUUUAUUCAUUUUUUUUUCUCUUUUACACUAGCUUCAUAAAGUUUACUCGCUUCCAUCCCUCGAUCCCGUUCUGCUACGCUGCCAUGUUCCUUCGUUUUCAGGCUCCCACUCUACCACUCCCAAUUGCUCGCUCA